AUGGAUCUAGGCUGUGGGAUUGGCUACGGUUACCUGCACAGGAUACCUACCCUGCCAUUUGCUGAGGGUAAGAAGAUCAGUUUACCAGUACAGACUCAUUACGAACCACCUCCUUCACCAAAAGAUGGCUUCACAGAGGUCCACCUCUCUGCCGUCGUUCCAACUGUUCCAAUUGCUGUGUCGUCUUCUGCUUCGACGGGAUUGGAGCAAGGUCUCGCUAGCUUGUCCGUCAGCUCAAACCCAACAUCGGUCCUGAGCAGUCAUACAGGAGUUCCUGCUGUCCCGCUGCACAACCAAGUACCCCUCUCACAAACUGUUCCACUGUCUGUCAGUCCUGCUCCAACGCUACCAGGCGUAAUGCCCCUGCCUGGAGGUCUUUCACCUUUUCCUAAUCUACCAAACCUAAAUGUCUCAUUGCCAGAUGUGAGUCAUGCAUUGCCACGGGGAGUUGGAAUACAGCCCGCAGGUCUUCCACCUCUUUCAGCAAUUAACCUGCCAGGUGUAGCCCCCAGUGCAACUCCUCCCCUAUCCAACUUUGUUUCACCCCCAGUCUUUGCCAGUACUUCCCCUGCUUCCACUAUGCUAAUGAACAGUUUUCAUGCCAAAACCCCCAACUCCCCAUCAGUGACCACCUCUGGAUCAAUAAAUAUUACAAUGUCUGCAGACUCAUCUUAACAGAAAGCAAAAAUUGAAGAUGUUGGCAUGCUCUCUGUAGAGUCUUUACACAGUGUAAUCUGACCAUUCACCCCAGCACUCGGCUGACAAAUUCCACAUGCAAACAGACCAUCAGGAUUGUUGUGCGAGCUCGGCUGCAAGAAUGGAACUGGUAUUAAAUGCAGGGCAUCCAGUUUGUCCUGGAAAUGGUGUGUCAGAAGAAAAGCCCUGCGUCUGAAGGCAGUUAAAGGAACUUUGAGAGCAUUUUGGAGUUUAAGUUGUUCUGUGAUAGAGGACAUUUAAAUUCUUUUUAAAAUAUGGAACAUGGGUUAUUCAAAUUGUGCAAAUCAGCAUCUUCGCAUCUUCAAGGAUUACACUACUUAACGGGAGGGCUCAACUAUAACUUAUACUACUGGGGAUCUUCCAUUAGAAAACAAGGCUUGCUGGCUGCAGGAUUGCAGACAUUGUUUUCUUGUAUUGUAUGAAAUUAUUUGUAAAGUGAAAUAUUGUUGCCUUGAUUAAACUGAUGUAUUUUCUCAA